AUUUGCAAUAUAGGAUAACAGUAUUUCCAUGUUGAACAGCUUCUCCCCUCAGCAGACAGGUGUUCAGGUUUCAGUGUUUCACAGACUACAUUUUGCAACGUACCUCCAAGUUUCAGGAAUGGUGAUAAUACUGUACUACAUGGGUCGUAGCCCUCCUACCCGCUCAGUUGAUUUGGUUCUUCACGCCCUCAACUUAGCAGUCGAGUACAAGACCAUCAACUUGGUGGCGAGGGAACAUUUGACUCCUGAGUUCCUUAAGCUGAAUCCUUUGCAUACCAUUCCUCUCAUCGAUGACAAUGGAUUUAUCCUUUGGGAAAGUCGAGCAAUCAUGACAUACCUGGUGUCCAAGUACGGCAAGGAUGACUCUCUCUACCCGAAGGACCUCCAGCAGAGAGCGAUCGUGGACCAGAGACUUCACUACAGCAACGACGUCUUCUACAUCUCGAAGCUCGCAGCUCGAGAAUUGCUAUUGCACAAGAAGAAAAGUAUCCCGGCAGAACUACUCGUCAAAAUAAGGGAAGUCCAGGAAAACGUGGAGAAGCUCCUGAGAGGUCAGGAAUUUAUGGCUGGUGACUCUUUGACCUUGGCAGACUACAGCUACGUCACUCUCAUGGAUGUCCUUGAGACUGUGUGUCCGACCGAGAACAGAUGUCCUCUGACUAGCGCCUGGUUCCUUCGCUGCAAGACGGUUAUGAAGGACUUCGUCAAGGUCAACGAGAAUGGCGCCAGCCAGCUGAAAGAACUGCUCAAACAACAGUUGGAUUCCUAACUUAUGUCAAACCCAAAACUAAAUUGUUAGUAUACGUUGUAUUAUAACAAUUAAAUUGGAUUAGAUCAUCAGAA